AGAGGACAGAUCGGAACAUAAUACAAACCAAGGGAAUUUGUUUGAGAAUUUAGAACAGCAAGAUGGGGCGUUACCGGUAAUUACACCAGAGAUUCUAUCCAUAAUGGGAGACGAUCGAAUUGAGGAAAAAACAUUGUCAAAACCCAUUCAGCCUGUAAUAGCGGAGAGAUGGACAAAUAUUUUAACAAAUGGGUUAACGGAGGAAGUGAAGAAAGCCCUCAUUGAUAAACAUUUGCCACCUGAAAAUCUUCAGGCUCUUUUGGCCCCGAAAUUAAAUCCUGAAAUUAAGGCGGCUAUUCCGGAAGGCGCCUUACGUCGAGAUGCUCGAUUACAACUGUGGCAAAAACAAAUUGGGGCAGCAACAUCUGCGGUGGCGUCCGGCUUAUCGUCCAUGUUGAAGGAAGGUGCGGACGUAAAUAAGGGAUUCAUCGAGACACUAAGUGACGUGGGUCGCUUAUUAAGUGAUCUACAUUUCUGCGAAUCGUUUUCGCGGAGGGAACUUUUGUCCUUACAGUUAAAUAAGGACCUUAAAGACACCCUUAAAAAUACAAACAUCACCGAUUUUAUAUUUGGUGAAAACUUGGACACAAAUAUUAAGUCAGCAAAGGACUUAGAAAAGUCUGCUGAACAAUUAAAACUUCAAAAGAAGGUUUUUCGUCCAGCUGCAUCCGGAAAACCGGAAAACUCCCGCCGUCCAUUCAUGCAAAGGAGGGGCGUACAUCAGAAUGGACGCGGCUCUCGAGCCCCCAGAUUACAGCGACGACAGGGACAUCUUCCUGUAGUUCAAUACAGAAAGGAGCACUUUCAUUCGCAGGGGGAGAGAAAACCACGUCAAAAACGCUAG